UAACUGGGUGUUCCGUCCUAUUUAUUUCUUGCUUGAUUCAUGGUCUAGGAUGGGGUCUAGCUAACGCGGCAUGCAUGCAUGGUUUACCUAGUAGGUACCAACCGUAGCCUACUUGGUAACAUUAUAAUCAACGCAACGACAGCUAGAAUCUACCAAAGUAAACGAGUGCAAGUUGCACCGUGCAACAUAAUGUAACUCGUCGACGUAAAAUAAAUUAGGUAAUGACUGUUUUAUUUUUGUAUGUUUAAAGUUCAAAUCGUAAAGUUUAUUUUAAUUACCUGAGCGAGAUAACUAAAAUGAGCUGCGACUGACUGCCACUUUAGUGUUUCCAGUUUCAGCAAGUUUCAGACAGUGGUUUCAGGGAGUUCAUACACGCACCGUUUACUUACUUAGUUAAAACCUCAAUGAUUACAAAUAUUUUACUAAAACCUUAUUUCAAAUGGUUUAUUUAUGGGUUUACUAUGAUAGUAAAACCACUGAUUGACAGUUUAGCUAUACCUAUUUUCCUGUCAUUAUUAUUUUGUAAAUUCUUGAAUAUCUUGUAAAAACUAGCUGUAAUCAUGGUGCUAACCAAAGAAGUGGAAUUACCACAGUAUACCGAACUAAACUCUCGCGAGGUGAACGUGUCGAUGGCCACGUUGAUGUCUGCGGCGCCCUACCUCGGGAAGGUCUGCGAGAACGUCAACAACGAGUUCAUGCUGUGCAGGCAGGAGACGAACGACCCGCGCCCCUGCAUCGAGCUCGGGAAACGAGUUACGGAGUGCGCGAUUCAAGUCUUUCAGCGCAUCAAGAAGGAGUGUUUGGAGGAGUUCAAGCAGUACGCCAACUGCAUCGAUAAGAGCUCCGGGGAUUUCUCGUAUACUUAUUGCCGUAAGACGCAGUGUGCGUUCGACGAUUGCAUGGCGACGAAGUGUUGCCUGUACCGGCCGGAGUUCGGGUACUUCUGCCGGGCACGUGUGCACUCUAGCACGAGCAGCGCGCCGCAGCCGCCGCCGUGCCCGUGCCACCCGCCCGUGACCGACCCCACGCCCUCGCUGCCCGACUGCAAGCUGCGCACCAGCCCGCGCUUCGGAGGCCGUAAUCAUUGGAUCACGGAGUAAAUCUUCUAACGAACUAAUUCUAGCUCGCAUUAAA